AUGAAGCCAAGCAAAGUCAUUGAUGGAAACUGCAAAUCUGACUUUAACAGUGGUGGAUCCUGCAGCAGCACUGCAUUUAACACCAACCCCUGGUGGAGAGUGGACCUGCUGGAUGUGUACAGAGUGACAGCUGUCAACAUCACCAACAGAGGAGACUGCUGUCCUGAGAGACUUGAUGGUGCUGAGAUCCGUAUUGGUAACUCACUGGAGAACAACGGCAUCAACAACCACAGAUGUGUUGUCAUCUCCCACAUCCCAGCAGGAGAGACCAACACCUUCCAGUGUAAUGAGAUGGAGGGUCGCUAUGUUGUUGUGGUGAUUCCUGGACAGAACAAGAUUCUCACUCUGAGUUUUUUAAAUACUCGGCCGUGA